CCAACCGCAGAACACAUUGGAGAAGAAAAGGUCUCUAUGUUUCUUGCUGGAACAUCUUAAGAUAAUAUUACAUUAAAUAUUUCCAGUGUAGGUUAUAUCUGAUGCAGUUAAAAAUACAGGUUCAUUAAUUUGGCUAUGUCUGAAGAUUCGUUGUGCUUUAAACCCUGAGAGCUGUUAUAAUGAGUUCAGCAGGAGACAGACAGUGCUCCUCCAGGACGUCUCAGGCUCCUGAUCCCUCACAGCUGUAUGAAGACGUGAAAAUUGAGAUUUCAGAUGGAGGGACAUCUGAAGUGUCAGGAGUCUGUGUGAAGAAAGAGGAGACACUGGAGUUGAACAUCUAUAACCAUGGAAAUGACCUCGAAAACCCACCUGAAGUUCUCUCCAUUAAAGAGGAAGAUCCUGACAAUAAAGACUACCUCUACACAAACAUCCAGAGAUGCCACGAUGAAGAGUAUUUGAAACCAUGCAAAUUGGGAGAUAAUAAACAUGAUCUUCACCUACCUUCCAAAGGCUCCAGUAGUCAGCCAACAUCAUCUGAUACUCUCACUUCUGACAAUUCUAACAAUGAUGAGCAAAAGGAAAUUCACCAUUGCUCAGAACGUGGGACAAAUUUUGGUCAUCGGAGUGCUCUCCAACAACAUGAACAAGUUCACACAGGAGAGAAACCAUAUCACUGCUCACAGUGCGGAAAGAGUUUUACUCUUCAUGGUACUCUCAUACGACAUCAGCGCAUUCACACAGGAGAGAAGCCGUAUCAGUGCUCACAGUGUGGGAAGAGUUUUACUCUUCAUGGUACUCUCCUACAACACCAGCGCAUUCACACAGGAGAGAAGCCAUAUCAGUGCGCACAGUGUGGGAAGAGUUUUACUCUUCAUGGUACUCUCCUACAACACCAGCGCAUUCACACAGGAGAGAAGCCGUAUCAUUGCUCACAGUGCGGAAAGGGUUUUACUCAAAAGAGUAAUCUCAAACAACACCAACGCAUUCACACAGGAGAGAAGCCACAUCACUGUUCACAGUGUGGAAUGAGUUUUACUCAUCAUGGUACUCUCAUACGACACCAGCGCAUUCACACAGGAGAGAAGCCGUAUCAGUGCGCACAGUGUGGGAAGAGUUUUACUCUUCAUGGUACGCUCCUACAACACCAGCGCAUUCACACAGGAGAGAAGCCGCAUCAUUGCUCGCAGUGCGGAAAGGGUUUUACUCAAAAGAGUGAUCUCAAACAACACCAACGCAUUCACACAGGAGAGAAGCCGUAUCAUUGCUCACAGUGCGGAAAGGGUUUUACUCAAAAGAUUAAUCUCCAAGAACACAAGCACAUUCACACAGGGGAGAAGCCGUAUCAGUGCUCACGGUGUGGAAAGCGCUUCACUCAAAAGAAGAAUCUCCUACGACACCAGCGCAUUCACACAGGGGAGAAGCCAUAUCACUGUUCACAGUGUGGAAAGAGUUUUACUCAAAAGAGUGAUCUCAAACAACACCAGCGCAUUCACACAGGAGAGAAGCCUCAUCACUGCUCACAGUGUGGAAAGAGUUUUAUUCAAAAGGGUCAUCUCCGAGAACACCAGCGCAUUCACACAGGGGAGAAGCCACAUCACUGUUCACAGUGUGGAAAGAGUUUUACUCUUCAUGGUACUCUCCUACAACACCAGCGCAUUCACACAGGAGAGCAGCCACAUCACUGCUCACAGUGUGGAAAGCUUUUCACUCAAAAGAGUGCUCUCCUACGACACCAGCGCAUUCACACAGGGGAGAAGCCACAUCACUGCUCACAGUGUGGAAAGAGUUUUCUUCAAAAGUUUAAUCUCCAAGAACACCAGCGCAUUCACACAGGGGAGAAGCCACAUCACUGCUCACAGUGUGGAAAGAGUUUUACUCAUCAGAGUCAUCUCCUACGACACCAGCGCAUUCACACAGGGGAGAAGCCACAUCACUGCUCACAGUGUGGAAAGAGUUUUCUUCAAAAGGUUACUCUCCAAGAACACCAGCGCAUUCACACAGGGGAGAAGCCACAUCACUGUUCACAGUGUGGAAAGAGUUUUACUCAUCAGACUUCUCUCCUACGACACCAGCGCAUUCACACAGGGGAGAAGCCACAUCACUGCUCACAGUGUGGAAAGAGUUUUCUUCAAAAGGUUAAUCUCCAAGAACACCAGCGCAUUCACACAGGAGAGAAGCCUCAUCACUGUCAGUGUGGAAAGAGUUUUACUCUUCAUAGUUCUCUCCGACAACACCAGCGCAUUCACACAGGAGCGAAGCCAUAUCAUUGCUCACAGUGUGGAAAGGGUUUUACUCGACAGAUUCAUGUCCAAAAACAUCAACAGCGCAUUCACACAUGAUAGAAGAGUUUGCUAAUAUGUGGGUGCAUGAUGCCCUGCAGUGGACUUGUAUGAGUUUAUUCUUGUUUACUGGAAAAAUGUGUAGCUCUAGAAAUAGAAGUGUCAAAAUGCUCAGAUAGGGAAAUCAGUGGUGUGGGUGGGGUGUUUUUUUUUUUUUUAAUUAAAUUCUGCUCACACAGUUAUUA